AUGCUUUCGGGCAAAGACAAGGAUGAGGGUGCAACUCAUCUCGGUGAUUCAGCACUGGACCCUCGCCCCGAGACUGAGGAUCCGAAUGAGGAGUCGGGAUCAGGGCACGUUCAGUGUGUUGUGUGUAGCAGCACAUUCCGACGACCGGAGCAUCUCAAACGUCAUCUGAGGAGCCAUACAAAGGAAAAGCCGUUUGAUGACACCCUACACCGACAUGAGAUCAGUCAUCAUACGCCAGGGAUCGAGGGCAAAGACCGGACCCAUCGAAUUACCGUCAAGACUUUCCGUGCAUGCUUUGGCUGUGCAACGGCACGCGUACGAUGUAGCGGCGGUGCACCAUGUGGACGUUGUGACACCCGUUCGCUCGAUUGUCAAUACCCUACACAAAGACGCUCCAAAGCGAAAGCCUUGAGAGAAUUGGACACCAACGAAGCCGAGAUCGGCAGGCGCAAGGCUGCGCAUCGAGGCUCAAAUGCGAGCACUCACCAACCCCAAUUUUCUGAAGACAAGCAUAAUGAUUCUGCAUCACCAAAACCCUUACUCGGUGUCUUUUCUUCCAAGCCAAACCAGAUGAAGUCGAAUUUGUCGAAUACGCACAGCGCUAUGGGGGAGGCAUCAGCCCCUCAUAUUUACCCGCCAAAUGCGAUGCAGGAACCAUCUGCAGUAAGACAGUUGAAUAUAUACAAUGGAGGCGACAAUAAAAGAUACGACUGUUCCAAUCCGGGUGUUACCAGGCCAAUUCAUGCUUCGUCCAGCUUGGAUUCUGGGGCAGGGGGUCUACAGCCAGAAACGUGCCACUCAGCAGUCGACAUUGAGAUGACAAUGGAAAAUGACGCGGUAUCCCUGGAUUUUGACCCUAGCUUGUUUGACCAAUCAGUGACUUCUACCAUCAACUGGCUACCUGCCGAAUUGCUUCCAGUAGCCUCGGUCGAUCAGACACAGCCCUCUCAUAUCUCUUCACAACACAACCAAGCUCUGGGCCCAGGACCUUACUUCUCCCAAAUGGCGUGGCGGCCCCCGGUCGCUAUCUCAGGACAAAGCGAUCUUGCACAUCGAGAGCCGGCCUCUCAAAGACUGGUGUACAUGCCUGUAGGCAGCAUGGGAAGCCCUGGCCAAUAUUCCCACAGUAUCGGUGAAGCCUCUCCCCAAACAGUAUCAGUGGAAUCGACCAAAAGCUCAGCGGACCAGCUUGAUGGCGCGGGAAACGGACUUCCUAAGCACAACAAGAGACACCAGCCUUGGCCUGGUUCGCCCGGAAAGCCUAUCGGGAUUGGAAAGCAGAUGCUGCUUGAAGAAAAUGAGCAUCGUUUUGAAUUUCCUGUUAUAGCCAAGCCCCGAACAGACCAGAACCCAGAAGUUCUAAACCGACUAGUUCCAAGCAUCGAGCCCUCUACUUACAAUGAAAUUCACCGGCAAUUCAUCCGCCUGUGUCAGCACGACAACCCAUUCUACAAAGCUUUCGACACUGACAGAUUUCCCACCGCUGAUGAAUUGACUUGGCUCAUAGCCUGCUACUUCAGUUCAUUCCAAGCUGUGUAUCCAAUACUCCAUCUUCCGACAUUCAAUCCAAAUACAUGCCACUGGCUUUUGACAACAUCCGUAGCAGCACUUGGUUGUCACGUUGCACAGAUGGCCGAGAUGGAGCAAUGUACAAUUGCUUUUCACGAGUUUCUUCGGCGAGGAAUCCAUGUUGAGAAGGACAAGAACUACCAGGAUCGAACAUCUCUCGACAUCACUCAAGCUAUUCUGUUCAAUUGCAUUGGGCUAUUGCAUAGCAGAAGCGAGCGAGACACACGCUUGGCCUCAAGUUGCUUUAGCGGACUGGUAACGAUUGUGAACAGCACCAGGUUAUUAGCACCGCAGGGGUCUUGUCUUGACGGGACAUCGCAAUCUGCAGACUGGACAUGUUGGGUACAGGACGAGGUCAGAAGACGUACUGGCUACUGCAUAUGGCUCUUGGACUGCACGCUUGCCUACUACUUUGAGUAUAAGCCAUUGCUCUCUCUGGAUGAUGGAAAAGCUUCGCUUCCCGCUCAUGAGAAGUUAUGGCAGGCGACCUCGGCAGGGGACUGGAAACAAUUAUGGGAACAAUCACCAGGUACUACACGCUCAAAGUUUGGGACAAAAUCACCGCUCACUAUUACAGCCAAUGAAUCACUAUACGAUGCAGUCCAUAUUCUCUACGUUGAGAAAAGAUUGAUAUCUGGCAUUGGGGAGUUCAGUCACAUCUUACUUAUACACGCCCUCUAUCAUCGAAUGUGGGAAGUAGGUGACUAUUUCCGUCGCCCCCUAUCCUUCUGGAAUCCCACUGCGAAAAAGCAAUCUCGCGAAACCGCCAUUCCCACAGGCUCAGUCUGGCUCCCCGGAAUUCCGUCUUACUCAAAAUGGCGCAACAGUGCAUGUGACUGCCUGGAUAUUUUGCACUGGACCGCAAAUAGCACAAUAGCCAAAGCCGCCGGCUUCGAGCAUCCCACAGUUCUCCAUCUUCACACCGCACGACUGUAUCUCCUAGCUCCGUUCCGGGAGAUGCGAUCUCUUGCCACCGCUUUGGCAACAGAGAAACUGCACUGGCGAAAAAGACACCAGUCUCUCGAGUGGCAGUAUAUCCGACGCUGGAUAGAAUACGACCAGUACAAAGCGCGCUUAUCGGUUAUUCAUGCCGGUGUGACCCUCUGGCACGUCUGUCGGUACUCCACCAGUGCAUUCCACGAACCUGUCGCGACCUUCAUUGCAGUGCUGACCCUCUGGGCCUACGGAUCUUGCCACGCACGUGCAUCUCAUGAGUCAAGCCCGCAUUCUAACUCUCAGGUCCCGCAUCCUGAGACUUUGCGCGAACCGAGGCUCAUUCAUCUUGAUCGACCUUGCGACGAUGAGCUUGUGCAGCUUUUUGUUCGGGAGGGUCGUGUCAUGAGCGCAAAUGUCACUGGUGUUGGGGAUAUUUGUACAGCUGAGGGUCCCGAACGUCUGUUGCGAGUGGGAUGUGAGAUCAUUGCGGGUUUGACUGCAUGGAGCUGUUCGAAGAGAUUUGUCGCAAUCUUGACCAGACUUGCUGAAUUGACUUCGCAACACACAUCUUGA